UGGUUUGUUUGAGGCAGAACAGAGAAGUUUCUUUAAUUUUUUAUUCUUACGGAUUCAACUUCUAUCUCGAUUUGAACUGUACCCUACAUAUUAAUUUACUUUACAAAGAUAAACCGCACCUACAGCUUUCUUGCAGCUUUUAGAUUGUUUUUGGGUUUCACAGUUGAGAAGAAACCAUACAUACCUUUGUCCUAAUUAAAAAUAACAAAAUCAAAUUUGUCACGAAGAAUUCCCAACUUUGGAGUAUUUUAAGGAGAAGUGAGACUUGUGAUGAAGAUUCUCUGAGAACCCAGAGUAAGGCCAAAAAAUGUUCAAGUCUUGGAGGAACGACAAGAGAAAGAUCAAAGCUGUAUUUAAAUUGCAGUUUCAGGCAACUCAGGUGCCACAGUUAAAGAAACCUGCAUUGCUCAUAUCCUUGGUGCCAGAGGAUGUAGGGAAGACAACAUUCAAACUGGAGAAAGCUCCAGUCCAGGACGGAACCUGUUUAUGGGAGAACCCUCUCUUUGUAACAGUGAAACUCAUCAGGCAGCCAAAAACAGGAAACCUGAAAGAAAAAAUAUACCAUUUCAUUGUCUCAAGUGGAUCUUCAAAAUCAGGUUAUCUUGGAGAAGCUUCGAUUGAUUUUGCAGAUUUUGCGGAGGAAAAUGAACCAAUAACAGUCUCUCUGCCUCUUAAGUUUGCCAACUCCGGUGCAGUGUUACAUGUGACUGUUCAGAGGGUGCAGGGAGACACUAACCAAAGAUAUGUUGAAGAAACUGGAGUCUCACUUUCCCAAGAUGAAAGCUUGAAGAACCGACUGAGCAAUGUCCAUACAGAUGCAAAUAACAACAGUUUCAACGAAGAUACAAACCUGGAUAUUUUCUCAUCACAUAAUUCAUACCAAGAUGGUAGCUUCAAAGCAUCUCUUGGUUCUAAUGCUAGCAUCCAAUCAGAUCCUCGGCAAAAUUCCAUGCCUCAGGUGGUGGCAGUUGAUACUAUCACACCCAAGAACCGUCUGCAUAGAAGAUCAAGUACGGAUUGGUCGAUAGGUUCAGCUUCUGAUGGAAGUUUAAUUGACUCAACAAACAGCCCUGAAGAAAACUUUCCAAGAGAUUUGCGAGGGGCUUCAGAUGAAUCCACGGAGAAACUAAAGAGUGAAAUAACCAGUCUAAUGAGGCAGUCGGAGUUAACAGAACUGGAAAUACAGUCUCUGCGGAAACAGUUCGCAAAGGAGAACAGAAGGGCACAGGACUUAUCGAGACAAGUUAUUGACCUCAAAGAGGAGAGAGAUCAACUCAAAACGGAAUGCGUACAACUCAGGUCCCAACAGAAGACUUUUGAUGGAGGAGAAGCUCUAAACAGAUUGAGAGCUGAGAAUAAGGAUGUAAAGGUUCAACUAGAAGAAAUCAGGCGAGAGCUUAGUCACGAAAAAGAGUUGAAUAACAAUCUCAAGUUGCAACUUGAGAAAACACAAGAAUCCAAUUCGGAGUUGAUUCUUGCUGUAAACGAUCUUGACGAAAUGUUGGAGCAAAAGAAACUGGAAAUAUCACAUCUGUUAAGUAGGAACCUUGAUGAGGUUCAGGAUAAGAAGAGUAAAUGCAAUAUGCAAGAGAAUGAGGACCAACAAGCAGCGCCAGGUCUGGACGAAUUAGCGAGGGAGAAAAAUGACUCCAGUGAAUUGUGCUUACUGAAGGAAAAAAUUACAGAACUGUCCGAUGAAGUUAAACUAUACAGAGAAGAUAGGGAAAAACUGGAGACCUAUAUUGAGCACCUCACCCAAGACAAUGCAGAGUUACAACAGGAAAACCAUGAUAUCACUUCCAAAUUAGAGCAGCACCGGUUACAAGAAAUGAAGAUGCAAAAUGAAUCCAUGGAAUAUUUGGCUACUGUUGAAGGACUUCAAUUGCAGGUAGAGAGGUUGGAGCAAAAAUUAAAGCAGCAAACCCUAGAAUUCUCAGAAUCACUAGAUUCCAUCAGUGAACUUGAAAGCCAGGUCAAAACAUUGGAGAAAGAACUGGAGAAGCAAGCACAAGCAUUUGAAAACGAUCUGGAUGCAAUGACGUGUGCCAAAAUUGAGCAGGAGCAAAGAGCCAUUCGUUCAGAAGAGGCUUUAAGGAAGACCAGGUGGAAAAAUGCUAUUACAGCAGAGCGGCUACAAGAGGAAUUUAGAAGACUUUCUGUUGAAAUGACAGGUAAGUUUGAUGAAAAUGAGAAGCUGAUGACGAAAGCACUAACAGAAGCCGAUGAGCUACGUGCUCAAAACAGAAUUCUGGAAGACAGGCUUCAAAAGGCUAACGAAGAACUUUCCCUACUCAGGGACCAGAGUAGGGUAAAAGUAGAAGAACUAUCAACCCAACUAGAACUAAAAACGAACCAAGUAGAGCAGAUGUCAUUAGAACUAGGAGCUAUAUCCCAGCAACUGAAAUGUGCUGAGAAUCGUAGGGAAGAAAAGCAAGAGGCUUUCUUGGUUGAAGUUCAAAUGUUAAAAGCCAAGAUUGAAAUGCUCAAAAAAGAGAAGCAUGAGCUCUCUGAGCUGGCAGAACAAGUGAAAUUGAAAGUUGAAACAGAAGAAACAAAGACUUCAGUUGAAGAAUCCGAUGUGCUAAUUAAAAGAUGGGAGAGAGAAAGAGAGGAAUUGAGGAAGAAUUUUGCAUUGGCAAAGCAGGAAGCGGAAAAGGCACAAGAAGAAUUACUAAACUUGAGGUCUUUGAAGAAUGAAAAAGAGAUACUGGUUGGGAAACUGUUAUCAGAAGCAGGAAGUCUUAGAUCUCAGCAUAUUGAGUUAAAGAAAAGCUUGUCCAGAGAAGAAUUGGAGAAAGAACACUUGCAGAAACAAGUGCUUGAAUUAAAGCAGGAGCUGGAAAAGAGGAGAGACGGGAGUAAUAGUGUAGAAAGGAAGAUAAAGAAUAACAUUAUGCCUGAUGGGAAAGCAGUUAAUCUACCAUCGCAUAAAAGGGAUGAUUGCAACCUUACUGAAAUGGUGACGGAAAUGUCACGGUUGAAGGAAAGAAACAAAUGUAUGGAAAGUGAAUUAAAAGAAAUGCAAGAGAGAUACUCAGAGAUAAGCCUCAAAUUUGCAGAGGUAGAAGGGGAAAGGCAACAACUAGUCAUGACUGUACGCAACCUCAAGAGUGGUAAGAGGAACUAGCAUUCUCCAAGAUAUAGGACAUUGGACCCGAAAAUGAAGUAUGGAUGAACUAAACUGAGUUCUCAGUAGCGAGGCGUGCUGUCUAAUCUAUUCUUCUGUGAACUCUGUAUUUAUCAGUUGAGUUCAACAUGCUCAAGCAGCAUAGCAAAAUUUCACAAAAGAAUUUUUUUGUCAAUAAAAUGUAUUAUUUAUCA